AUGUCGCAGGUUGACACCGCCAACGGUCACCAGAUGACCGCCGCUGCUGCGCCGACCAACGGCACGGCAUCCACCGUCUCGAACGGCGCCCACGCCAAUGGUUACACCAACGGCAACGGCAACGGACACUCGUUUGAGGAAAAGGCGUACCCGCACCAGGCACCUCAGUACAACGGCGGCGGAACCCACGCCGGCCUCAGCCGAACCCUCACCCCGGGCGGUCACUAUGCUGACGACGACCUGAUCGCCAUCGCAAACGCGCACCGCAAGAUUGCCAACCCCCUUCCCCUCGGAGUAUUCGGAUUCUCGACGACGACGCUGCUGUUGUCGCUGUUCAACGUGCAGGUGGCGGGUAUCGAGGUGCCGAACGCUGUGCUCGGAUACGCCAUCUCGUACGGCGGCCUUGCGCAGUUCCUUGCCGGUCUGUGGGAGUUUGCUAGCGGCAACACGUUUGGUGCCACGGUCUUCUGCUCGUUCGGCAUGUUCUGGUGGGGCUACUCGGUGAUUCUCAUUCCGUUCUUCGGCUUCGUGGGCACGUACAACGGCCAGCCGGGCAUCUACUCCAAGGGCUCGCCCUACGCCUCGGAGGAAGCGGCGGCUGUAGGCCUGUACCUCUGGAUCUGGUUCGGUAUCACCACCAUCUACCUCAUCGCCUCGCUGCGUGGAUCGGGAGCACUGUUCCUGCUCAUCUUCCUGCUGUGGGUGACGUUCAUCAUGCUCGGAUGCUUCUACUACACGGGCAACUCGGCAUUCCAGACCGCCGGUGGCGCGUUUGGCAUCGCGACCGGAUUCUCGGGCUACUACCUCGGCAUCGCGUCGUUCCUCACGCCCUACAACUCGUUCUUCACGCUCCCCGUCAUUCCCUUCAACAAGAAGGAGUAA